UUGAUCAGAGUGCUGAUUGUAUUAACAGCUUUCAUGAUGGCCAGGGAUAUACAUGUCGAAACAAGCAAAAUUGUGAGUCCCUUAUCGGAACAUUCCUUUCAAAACGACGAAGCUUGCAUCCAGUCCUUGAAUUCGACGAUGGCUGAGUUUUUCCAAAAACUUGACCGACCAGCAAACGCUAGUAUAGGAGUUCUUCGUGUUGGCCCCAUCGUUGAGGAGAUAAUAAACAAGGAACUGACCAAAGUGAUGUUGAACUGUAAAAAAGCUCCAGUUGGAUCUUUGCCACAAUUGGCUGAACACCUCAUUCAGAAUGGAAAGAAUUUUUAUGCAGAGCAGCUGGCCAUUCAAAAAAUUGAUUUCAAGCCGAGGCCCAAAGUGGAAGCGAACAAUAUAAUUAAAAUAGACAAUCUGAAAGCUACGCUGAAUGACUUGAGAGCACAAAAGGAAAACCAAGAAACCGUAAACAAGCAGCUAGAAAGCAUUCGAAAAGAUUACCAAGAGCAAAUCAGACAACUCAAGCGGGCCAAAGAAUCCAUGAUACAGCAGGCAGAACACGAGCGUGACAGCGGCAGACAAUAUCGCGAAAGACUAAGAAUAGCCAGAGUUGAAUUGGCUGACGCCCCCAAAAAAUAUGCAACUCUAAAGGCACGGCACGACGAGAUUCUGCGCGGCUUUUGCAAUUGUGUACAAUGCAAAUCUAACCAGCAACCGAGUUUAACAUCACUUUAUGCGGGAAGAUCGGUGUCUGAAGCUGAUAACAUGCUAGCAACUACUGAACCACCGAACUGAC